AUGAGUGAUUCUCCCCAACUAAGUGCUUCCUUACUUAGAUUGAAAUUACUUGAUGCCUUAAGGAACGGUGAUAUUAAUAAAAUCGACACUAUAGUUGAUGAAUUGACUUCCUGCAAACCAACAUUACAAACACAAGAAAUUGUUCAAUUGAAAGAAACUAUAUUGCACUAUGCUGUACAAGUGGCAUCCUUAGCCACUAUUCAGCACCUCGUGAGUAAUUCUGAAAAGUAUUCUUUAGAUAUCAACGCUCAAGAUACACAGGGUAACACUCCAUUGCAUUUAGCGGCGUCGUCUUCCCGGUUAGAUGUUGUAAAAUAUUUGUUGCUGUUGCCUACGAUCAAUGAUACAAUUGUCAACUUGGAUAAGAAACAGCCAGUAGAAGUUUGCAAAGAUACAAAUAUUGCCCAAUUAAUGCAGUUUGAAAGGGCAAAGUUUGUCGAGAAGGCAGCUACCAACUUGCGAGUUUAUUUCAGUAAUAGAGAUUUUGAGAACUUGGAAAAGCUUUUAAUAGCUAACCCUAGAGCUUGCGAAUUGUUAGAUAUAAAUGGGACUGAGCCACAAACUGGUAAUACCGUUUUACAUGAGUUUAUCAAGAAAGAUGACUUGGCUAUGUGCGACUGGAUAUUGAAACAUGGAGGUGAUCCUUUUAAGAGAGACAAGCAUGGGAAAUUGCCUAUUGAUUUGGUGAACUCCAAGAAUGAAGCCCUCAAAAAAUUAAUCAAGGCUGCAUCGAAAGACCAAACUAUCAUGGACCCUGUUACUGCAACCAAUAACGCUAUAAAAGCUGGUGGUGCACCUGUCUAUAAAGGCUACUUGCGCAAAUGGACCAAUUUUGCAUCAGGAUACAAAUUAAGAUACUUUGUUCUAGACCAUAAUGGAAUUUUAUCGUAUUACACCAAUCAAGACGAUACCAACAAUUCCUGCCGUGGGUCACUUAACCUUGGAUAUGCCACUUUGCAUUUGGAUUCCUCGGAAAAAUUGAAAUUUGAAAUCUACGGGAAAAACGGAUUGAGAUGGCAUCUUAAAGCAAAUCAUCCCAUUGAGACAAAUAGAUGGGUAUGGACAUUGCAAAAUGCUAUCACCAUAGCCAAAGAUAACAUUAAAAAGAGAAAUCUUAAUGGUGAACGUAGAAGUACUCCUUCGCCAGCAACAAUCGAGCUGGCGGCAACAAAUGAAACAAAUACUCAACCUGAACACGGUAAUGAGCCAGAGAAAAAACGGCACCGUCUCAGAAUUCCUGGUAGAAAAAAGCAUAAACGUAUUUCUAGUCUGUCAUCUUUUGAAUCUGGGGAUGAAUCAGCUGGUGAAUUAUCUCGCUCAUCUACCUUUAAGAACAAUUUGAAAGAUAUCACAGAAGGAUCAACGUUGACUGGCAUUUCAUCUACCCAAGGCAAACCAUUUGAGUUACUGUCACAGCGUAAAAUUAGCAACGAGGAUCAAUAUAGUUAUCAAGAGACUGACAACGAAAAUUUUGAUUAUGAUAUUAAUGAUUAUGAUGCAGACGAUUAUGACAGUGAAACUGAAGCUAGUGUUGAUAUUGAUCAAUUAAAUGAUUUAAUUGCCACUACCAGAAGAUCUUUGCAAGUUGAAUUAACAUCAUUAUUAGAGUUGAUGAAAAGUUUGGAAAAUGACCAAUUAUCAUCCAACGACGACGCUAAAGUGGCUGAAAUAUGUACUAUUGGUGGAAACACGAUCAGAGGCAUUAAUGACUUGAUGACAAAGUAUGAUAUCAAUUUGGAUGCCAAGUAUGGAAAAUUGAAAAAAAAUUUAGACCGACAAUUAGAAAUAAAUGCUUUAUGGGAACGAUCAAUACGCCAGUUAGAAAAUGAAAUUGCCGAAAAGGAUUCGAAAUUGGCACAUUUAAAGGAUCAAAGGAAGCAAUUAAAGAAAUUAUUUACUACUUCUGGUACUUCUAUGACAAAAUCUGCAGGUACUAUAUCUCCGGCUCCUUCCAGUAAGCAUCUGAGUAAUGAAGAAAAGCAAGUAGAAAACAAACGGGCAUUGAUGGAAGCUUUGAAUGAAGAACCAGAUGAAACACAAAUUGAGGAAGUUGUUGAGAAGUUAGACAAGUUGCUGAAUGUCAAUGAAAGGCAAGUAGUAGUAGAAGAAGCACAACAAAUGCCUGGUGCACUUCCCGAUGAAGUUAUUGAAAAGUAUUUGGGUGAAGACUCUGAUGAAGAUGACGAGUUUUUUGAUGCAGAUGAAUUUGACGAAGAUAUCUUGGAACGUGCUGAAUUAGGUGGGGUAGCUGCUGCUUUGGGUGCAGCUCAAGAAAAAGCAGAGCCCAUUUCAGAUGAAUUGCCUGUUAGUGGAGAAGCAAAAGAGGAAGCUCCUUUGGCAGUGAGUAAGGAAGAUGAAAAGACACCGUCAAUUGUCAUAAAUGAGAAAGAUACAAGCUCUUUGAAGAUGGAUGAAGAACCAUCUAUAACUCCAACAGCGAUUGAGAAGAACGAGGUUGGAGGUUUGGAAUUGGACGAAAAACUGAUUGCUCCUUCAGAUGUAACAAAAGUUGAGGAAACAGAGAAUGUUGAAGAGGAAGUAUCCCCAUUGGCAAUUGCUGAACUGAAACCAAUGGGUCCAGUUGAGCCACAAGUACCAGGAGACGAAGGUCUUGCUGAACUGCAAAAAAGGGUAAAUCAUUUGCUCCAGGAAGAAGGUUCGUUCCUUGGUUAUGAAAACCCACCAAGAAAGAAAUUAUCAAUGGAUGAGGAUAAUAGACCGAAAGUGGGGUUAUGGGGAAUUUUGAAAUCAAUGGUAGGUAAAGAUAUGACGAGAAUGACACUUCCGGUAUCAUUUAACGAACCUACGUCUUUGUUACAAAGGUUGGCAGAAGAUAUUGAAUACAACUCAUUAUUAAACACAGCUGCAGGGUAUGAUGAUUCAACUUUGAGAUUAAUAUAUGUUGCCACUUUUGCUGCAACAGAGUAUUCCUCAACCAUAGACAGAAUUGCCAAGCCGUUUAAUCCUUUGUUGGGAGAAACUUUUGAAUAUUCCAGACCUGACCAAAACUUUAGAUUAUUUGUGGAGCAGGUUAGUCAUCAUCCUCCAAUUAGUGCCUGUCGAGCAGAGUCUCCAAAAUGGGACUACUACGGGGAAAAUGCAGUAGAUUCCAAGUUUUAUGGGAGAUCAUUUGAUUUUAAGCACUUGGGUAAGAUGUUUUGUGUCGUUAGACCCGACAAAGGUGUGAUAAAUAAGAAUGGGGAGUGGGUCGAAGAAGAAUUGUACAGUUGGAAGAAAGUUAACACAGCUGUGGUGGGUAUUAUGCUUGGUAAUCCCACCGUUGAUAACUAUGGUAAAAUGGUUGUUGAAAACCAUACUACUGGUGACAUUAUUACCGUUGAUAUGAAGCAACGUGGUUGGAGAGCUUCGUCUGCUUAUCAGUUAUCGGGACACGCUUUAGAUAAAGAUGGUGUUGCCCAAUGGGCCAUGGGAGGUCACUGGAAUUCAAAGAUUUUUGCAAAGAAGAUUGUAAAUGGUAACAUUCACGAAGGACAAAGUGGUAACCGUAAAAUGUCAUUACUAGAUGACCCAAAUGCUCGUGCUGGCAUUUCAACCACAGUCAGUAAUGAUCCAUAUUCUGGAAGCAAAUUUUUGGUGUGGCAAGUUGCUCCGAGACCUAAAGUUCCAUUCAAUUUGACUGCAUUUGCUGUCACCUUGAAUGGGCUUGACGAUAAUUUGAAAGCAUGGUUAGCUCCAACUGAUACAAGAUUGAGACCAGAUCAAAGAGACAUGGAAGAAGGAUUAUAUGAUCGUGCCGCAGAUGAAAAACAUCGUGUCGAGGUUAAGCAAAGACAGGCUCGAAAAAGAAGAGAAGAUAACAAAGAAUCCUAUGUACCGAAUUGGUUUGUUAAGAGAAAGCAUCCUGUGACUGGCGAUAUGUUUUGGGAAUAUAAUGGAAAGUAUUGGCCUAGAAGGAAGGCACAAGAUUUGGCGAACACGGGAGACAUAUUUUAG